AUGACUACCGACGCAGACGCAGACACACUUGACUGUGGCCAGAGAAGCACACACACGACUGUCAUCUGCUGGACCAUGGCUUCGUUCUGGGUGGAUGCCGGCGGUGAGACGCCCGACUUUGAGGCUUACCUCAGCUGCACCAGCUCGCCGAGUCCGGCGGAGAGCCUGGCCACGCCUGGGACGGGCGCUGCUGACGACGGCGAUGCGGUGCUUGGCGGUGUAGUGGAAGAGGCUGCUGUGGCGGGACCGAGUCCGGCGGCGGUGGCGGAGCAUGACGGCGCGGCGCGACAGGCGCGGCUGCUGGAGGCCUGCUUGCAGCAGUUUGGCCUCACGGACAGCGGGCUCGAUCUCCUCGACGGGAGCGCGUGCGGGCGCGAGGCGGUGCUGGACGUGCUCCAACGGGUGCUGGAAGCGUACCAGGGCACGCUGGAGGAGGGCAAGAAGUCGGCGGAGGAACUGCGGCUGGCGCGGGUGGCGCUCAAGAAGAUGGGCGUGACGGCCGAGGGCGCGCAGCACGAGUCGGACGUUCGCGGCGAGGCGCUGACCCGGCUGGAGGUUGAUCUCGAGCGGGCUCAAACCAAGGCGCGCGGACUGGCGCAGCGCGAGCGCAAGCUGGUUGCCCAGCUGCGGCAGGCCAAGUCGGAGAUCUCAACCAUGAGCUCGCAGUACACGGCGGAGCGAAAGCGCGCCGAGCUCGAGCUCGACCGGCUCCGCAAGCAGCUUGCACGCAAGAUCGGCGGCGGGCGGAGCGUGCGUGCGGCAGGCAGCGGGCGCGGACGCGGACGGAGUCGUGGCGGGGCAGCAGCGGGCGGGCGGAGCAUGCCGCGUGGGCUAACGGCCUUCCUCGCGCCGCGUACGGUGCGGGCAUCAGAGCAGACCGACGCCGAGCACGCGUCCGGACGAGUCAAGCUGCUUGAGCAGCGGCUGGCGGACGAGGUGGCGGCGCGGGAAGAUGCGCACGCAGCCAACGAGCGGCUUCGGUCCUCGCUCCGCAACAUGCAGAGCGCGCUUCUCGAGGUGUUCAAGGUCGACGAGCUAGACUCGGGCGCAGCGGCGGGGGCAGCCGACUGGGGAUCUGCGCCUGUGGCGAUCCGCGACAUCUUUGGCGCCGGGAGCUACACCGAGGAGACGGCGUUCCUUGCCGAGGGCAUGCUCGAGGAGCGGUUUACGUGGCUGACGGAUCUUGUCUCGCGGGCAUCGUCGUACGAGCUGCUCAAGAUCAAGGCGGAUAAGCCAGCGGCGGCGCCAGUUGCAGCGCCAGUGGCGGCGACCGGCCCGUGUCCCGGGUGUCUCGAGGCGCAGGACCGGAUCCAUGCGCUGGAAAAGGUGCUCCUCACACCUGCAGCAGGUCCCGGCAGGGCCUUUGACGCGCCCGACUGCCUCAACCUCUCCGAGAUGGCUGAGGCCGAGGACGCGCUUGAGUUCCGGGAGCAGCAGGUGGCGGCGCGCGAGGCGAUGGUGAGCACGCAGACAAGCGAGCUCGCGGCAGCGCAGGCGCGGCUGGCGGCGGAGGCGGCGGCGCUCGACGGGAAGAAGGCGAAGCGCACCUUGACCGGUCGCUGA